GUGUGCGUACCUUGUGACAGUAGUGUGCAUGUAAACAACGGGCCAAAACCCCAGCGAAACCAGCAUCUUCUACCGGAGAUUUUUUAUUGAAAAACAAAACGGCCUCGAAAUGAUAAUGGACAACUCGAAAACCACCAGCAAAACGACCCUGCUGAAGCUGAUGCUGCUGCGCGCGUGGAAAGAGCGCUGGACCGACUGCCAGUGGGGCAUCAACGUGAAAACGAUUCUCACCCGUGGUGUUAGUGGCGAUGUGUACAAUUUGGCCGACGCCAUCAUACAGCAGGCGGUGGUUGGAUCGGGAGCAAAUAUGCUAUUUCUCUCCUACUUGAAGCAUUCGCUGUGUGCGCACCUAAUUUCCCACGCCGCCGUGCUGAACCGCAUCGCCAAGUACGACCAGUUCGACAAGCACCACUGUCUGAUCGCGCUGCUCGACUUCCUCAAGUCCAUCAUCGAUGGGGUGACGUGCCGAGGCAAGCAGGAGGAAGCGAUCCUCACGAAGGCGACCGUUUCGCUCGUCCACUGGCUGCUGCAGAUCUACGAGUGCGUGCUGCAGUCGUACGCCGAGGACCGCACGCUGCAGCCCGAGGAGGAGGAGGUCGUGCAGCGCGUUGCGGUCGUGCUGGAGCGCAUCGUGGAGAACCCGUUCCUGCUGGGCGUGCUGUCCAUCGGCAAGUGUGACGAUCCGGAGCUGUUCAUAGCGCUGCAGAAGCGCUUCAAUGGCAUCAGCAAUCUCACCCUCACGACCGGGUACGUGGCGAACGUGGGCGGUGGCAACGCGAACAGCCUCACCGUGACGGAUUGCAUGCGCAAGCUCGUUCUGCUCGAGGUGGACGCGCUGGAGAUGCGACCGUUCGAUGGGGGUAAGGUGGAGCCGAUCACGUACAGCCUGCAGCCGCUGAUCGCGAUCGAGGUGCUGCUGAACCCGAUGUGCGACACGCAACAGUACGUCGCGCAGCUGAUCAACCUGAAGCGGCUGAAGGGCUUCACGUACGCCCGGCUGUACUGCGAGCUGAUGCGCGGCUGCCUGAUCGCGCUGAACAACGUCGAGGGCACGGCGAAGGAGUCGCUGCUGUGCGCGUUCGCCUUCAUCAAGGUGCCCCACAUACUGCACCAGCUGCACGCGAAAACGAACGGCGCCGAGCAGCAGGACGAGGCGACCAGCGCGACCUACAGCGUGGAGGUGCUGGAAGCGUUCGAGCUGCUGCUCCAGGACACGCCCGUACUCGACUACAUGGACAUGAAGUGUGCCUGCAACGUGGUCGAGUGUCUGCUGAAGGAAAUGGUCAAGCUGCAGCUGCUGACGGACACGCACGUGAAGCAGCUGGUGGCGCUGCGCGAACCGGUCACGGCCGGGCUGCACAAGCUCGACGCGAACAGUGCGCCGCUCACGAUGAUGCUGAAGUUUGUGUUUCGCGUGGAGUCGCCGCUGGCGGGCAUCCUGAAGGCGCUCAGCACCGACUGCAGCAAGGUGCAGGACGCACUGCUCGCCAUGCUGUGCCAGGUGCUGACGGGCAACAGUCUCGAUCUGGUACUGUCGGUCGCGUCCGUCGAGGGCAAGUUUAGGGCGUUCAUCUCGGGGCUGCUGAAGUGCAACGACUACGCGAAGCAGGCGACGACCGCGGAGAUUGGCAAGGCGCCGACGACGCGCAGCGCACUGUUCGACGUGUCGUUCAUGAUACUGGCCAGCAUCGCGCAAAGCUACGGGUCGGACGUGAUACUGGCGGAGGGCGGCAACAGCUUCUUCGAGAAGUGGGUCCGCGAUUACAUGGUGGAGCGCAAGAAGACCAAAUCGCCCAUGACGAUGGUGAAGCAGGCCGACCCGAUGGUGCUGGAGGAGCUGAUCAUGGCGAUGAACAACAGCGAGGGCAUGUACGUCGGGCUGAAAGCGUCCAGUCUGCGCUGGGAGGACAUCUGCUACACGAUCCCGGCCCUCGUCCACCAGGUGCUGAUGGCGUGGGAAAGCGAAUCGAUCGCCCCGCUCGAGAUCAAGAAGAUGCUGGACGGGCUGAAGGCGUACUUUAGCACGUUUGCCGUCUGUGCUGCGUCGUGGCUGUGCGCGUACAUGCAGAUGGUGCGGCAGGACGAGCAGCUGAAGCCGAUGAACAUGGUGCAGCAGCUGUGCAGUGCGCUGGCCGGGCCGCUGGCGGACGAGUGGCAGCAGCAGGACUACUGCAAGGAGCGGUUCGGGCUGAUGGGCCAGAUCGUGCGCCGCAUGCAGCAGGAGUUUCUCCGCACGCCGCAGGUCAACCCGAAGCUGCGGGCGCUCUUUCCCAGCCAGCAGCAGCACGUGGUGUCGCAUCUGCCGCUGGAGGAGCAGUUCGAGGAGGCGUGGAAAGCGAUCGCCGAACGGGGUUGGCUGCCGAUCGAGACGACUUUCCUGCUCGACACGCUGCUCCAGUCCUGCGGACCAGCCUGGCUGGUGGAGAAGCUGAUCGGCAAGCUGUUUGUGUGCAAGUACGUGCGCGACCUGAACAAAACGAUGGACAUUAUAUUCGCGAUCAUGCAUCUGGACAUUGAGCGGUGUACGAUCGCGCUGCUGUCGCAGCUCGUGCCGAUGAUGCUGCUCAGCAAAGCACAAACGCCCGAGAUUGUGGACCCUCAGUCACGCGUGCUGGCGAAGCUCUGCGUCUACUGCAUCAUCGUCACCAUGGAGACGUCCCUAACUGCGACGAAAAAGCGCACCCGCGGCACGGCCAGCUCCGACCUGGAAGAUCUCGACGCACUGUGCACCAGCGCCAAGCUGCGCAAGAUCGAGCUGGACGGCAUGGGAGUGGGCUGUACGGAAGCCGCCAGCGCCGGUGGCGCCAGCGGUACAGAGUUUUCGCUCGACAGUGCCCUCGAACCGACGGCCUCUGCCUGGGCCUCGGAGGCGGCAUCGAUCGCAACGCUGAAGGAACCGCUGCAGAGCUGCCUGCAGACGCUGUUCCGCACGUUCGCGCAGCACAUCGCGACGGACGAGCUGUCGCCGAAGGUGUACUUUGUGUUUCAGUUCCUCUCGCUGCUGGUCGAGAGUGGCCGGGAGCGGAUCAUGUGCGUGCUGAAGCUGCUGCCGAACGGGUUGGUGCAGAGUUUGCUGAAAAUCAACGCCACCGAUGAGAUGACGGUGGGACUCAUCCUGAGACUGUAUGACCUGAACACACCGAGCGGCCGCCAGUUUGCAAUGUCCGACAUUUGUCUGCUGCGCAACAUUCAGAUGCGAAAGGAAAGCAUUAAGUUGUAGAGCAUUACGGCGACGUACGUGAUUUGAGUUUAUUAGUUUUAAAAGAAAAAGAAGAACCCCACACUGAACAAUAUUUUCAAAUAUAAACGAAUCCUUUUGUGCACUACAAAGCUGUCUGACUGUUGGUGCUGCUGCUGCCCUCGCUAAUGCUCGUGCUUAACACGCUUAUUCUCGGCCGCUCUUCCAGCGUCCGCAUUUGAAUUUCCUCGUUCGCGGCAACCGUCUGCCGAUGGAGCCGCUUCCGGAACUGCCAGUAGCCAACGGCCACCGCACCACCAACGACGGCCACCGCCCCAACAACCAUCCCGCUGAUCGAUGCCGCCGAAAGUGUGCCUCCCGUGGCCGUCGGAUCCUCAUCCUCCCCUCCCGACGGUCCACCAUCGUCCCGGUUGUGCAACAAAACGCCGUAAAUGUGUUCCACCGGAUGACCCUCAAUCUUCCCGGCACAGAUCCACUGGCCGAAAUCUUCCUCCCGCACCGCGGCAAUCACGAGCGAGCAGGACCCCUUGGCUAGAUUGUGGUUCGGGUUGGAGUAGAACCGGCCCAACACUGGCCGUUCGGUCGUUACGUUUUCAUUCAAGCUAAACGCUUCCCCGGCCGGCGUUACGAACCGACAGUACUGCAGCGGCGUACCGCGGGGAAUCGAAUCGCAGCCGAGCAGGGCGGGAAACCCGAGCACCGCCUCGACCCGAUCCCCCGCCGGCGAAAUGAUUUGGCUGGGCGAAAUGCGCACCUCAAAGCUGGCCGAUACUUCCAGCGCUGAAACGUGCCCAUUGCCGACGUAACAGUGCCACCGGCCUGCAUGCUCCCCAGCUACCAGUGCAGCGAACGUAAUGCCACACUCACCCAUCGACAGCGCGAUGCCACUGUACCAGUAGGGAGCACCGUCACCGUGCGUGAGACUCUCCGAGAGCGAGUAGAACUGGCCGUGCGGUCCCCGGAACCAGCAGUAAUCGAUCGGUUUGUUGGCAUUGCACAGCAGCGAGGCGGUUGUGCCGUUCUGCGCUGUUGCUGUCACGUCCCGCCCCACGAUCGCUAGUGGCGGGCUAGUGUCCGAGUUGUCUACGAUGGCGCCGGUCACUUUCGUGAGCGCUUCAUCGCCAUAACCGAGCAAACACUUCCAGGUGCCUUUGUCCAGCCCUUCGGGGCCGAGAAUUUCCAGCCCACACUCGUUGCGCUCGAAGCCGGCCCCGAUGUAACCGUAGCGCGGCGUGCCAAUGCCCGGUACGACGUUCAGCCCGAGUCCGUCCGCGAGCCGUACGAAGCGACAGAACUUUAGCAUCAGCUUGGUGUAGCGCAGCGUGCAGGAGAGCACAUGGUAGUCGAGCUCUUUGUCGACCGCAGUGACGAUUUGUUCCUCUAAGGAAAGAAAGCGAACGCGAAACAAUGGUGUUAACAGUGGCGCGUGGAGAUUAAUCAUUAUCGACCACCUUCGAAAUUGGGUGAUAAAACACGUGCCCAACCACACCGGCCAUUAUGGCUCCCUACCUUUAUUCUCGAUGUGUAUUCCGUAGCUCAUCUCGCGCAUCUGUCCUUGCACGCCGGCAAUUACACUCCACACCCCGGCCCCGGUCGGGUCGGUUUCGCUCAGCGGCAGAUGGCACCGUUCGUACAUUGGCACCACCACACCAUCGCCACCGCCCUCCGUACUGCUCUGUCGCUGCACGAAACAGUACUCGGUACGCUCCGGACUGAUCUCAGCGAACGAGCUGACGGCCCCACUGCCCGCGCCAAUUUCCGGCACGGCCGGACGCUCAAUCACAUCCACCAUCGUGACGCCCCGGAUACGCUCCGUCCCGCGCACAAGCGUCAAUCGCCAAAACCCACCAUCACGCCGAUGCACCGGAUUGACCCGUAUGCUGCACUCUGCGUCA